AUGAGGGAGUGGUUUUUUUGCCGGCUAUUCGGGCCAACCGAGCGCGAGCGGUCGGCGCACGGCGCGGAGGGCGCCUCGCAACAGCCGAAGGGCGCGAGGUUCAACGAGUACCUGGACCACUUUGUGCGGAUGCCGGAGAUGUUGGCGGAGAUCGAGUUUUACUUCGCCCUUACGAUGCUCGGCAUGGCGGAGAACCUCCUCUCCCUGCUGCUCCUCCCCCUCAAGUGCAUUGUGGCCUUCUCGCGCCUCGAGCGCCGCGACGUUGUGGCGCUGGCGCUAAUCACCGUUGGAAUCCUCACAUACUACGCCCUCUCGCUCUACACGACGCAGCUGUACGCCUACCUCUACCACGUGGUUCGGCGCACCUCCUUCAUCAAGCUUGUGAUGGUCUUCAACAUCCUCGACGUCGCGGACCGGCUGCUCUCGGCGCUCUCGCAGGAGGUGAUUGAGGUGCUGACGAUGUGCGUGCAAAAUUGGGGUAAAAAAGAACCGCCGCGGCGGGGGCCGGGCGUCGUGCUGGCGCACUCCCUGUGGCUCCCCGUCGGCAGCGCCGUCCUUUCGGUGGUGUGUGUCGCGGUGCACGCGGUGACGCUGCUGCUGUCCGUCGUCACGCUGAACGUCGCGGUGAACGCGGAGGGUCACCUGCUGCUCGCGCUGAUGGUGGGCACCAACCUCAGCGAGGUGAAGGGGGUGGCGUACAAGAAGCACAACCGGGAGUCGCUGCUGCAGGUGACGGCGGCCGACGCCGUGGAGCGUCUGAAGUUUGUGCUCUUUGUUCUCGUUAUGGUGCUGCAGCACAUGCAUGAGCGGUUUCACGUGCUGGACAUCGCCGACAUGCUCCUGGUGUUUCUGGCGGAGGUGUUCGUCGACUUCACGAAGCACCUCUUCGUGGCGAAGUUUAACGGCAUCUCCCUCAGCGUCUACCGCAGCUACUCGCAGCUCACGAUACUCGACAUGGCGGCGGAAACGGUGCUUUGGCGGCUCGGCGCCAACAUUCAUAUCCGCUGCACGGAUGACCCGCUGCUGCACGUCGACAACGUCAAGGCACUCUUGUCGGCGAGCGACGGUUUCUUUCCAAAGCACGUUAGGCGCACCGGAUUUAUUCCUGUGCCGUAUGCGGCGCUACUUCUCUGGAGCGUCUACCCCUUUGCCUCGCUCAUGCUGCUCCGCGCGCCGCUAAUGUUUGCGUUGUCGCUGACGGUUGUUGUUUUGCUGAAACUUCUUCUCUCGGAGUUCCUCCGCGGUGUUGCGGCACGAUUUGUUGUGCGCUCCCUCAUCGUGCUGCAACACAGUGAACCCCGUCGAGGCGGCUGUGAGGCCGCCGGCAUCUUGUUUGGGGUCUCACCGCUUGACACACCGUCGCUUGCGCCGCUGCAUUGUGGCCCUGAGGGCGGUGAAGGCGGCUCUGUUGCCACGCUGCAGCUCACGUCCUUUCUCUGCGCUCUCCUGGCCCUCGAGCCGUUCGACCUCCAGGCCGGGAAGGUGAAGAAGUAG